AAAUGAAAAAGGUGAAAACCACAUGUUGCAGGUUUGGUUUGACUGAGCCUGUUCAUGGACGACAGUGGAAAUGCAAGUUACCGUCCUCGCCCUCUAGCCCCGGGUUGAAACUAGGUCACCAGGUUAUAUCAAAGGAAAAGCUUGCUAACACUCUAGAGGUCACAAUUUUGACCAAGUCUUAAUGAAACUUGGUCAGAAUGUUACCCUCAAUAAACUCUUGGACAAGUUCGAUAUUGGGUUAUCUGGGGUUAAAAACUAGGUCACCAGGUCAAAUCAAAGGAAAAGCUUGUUAACACUCUAGAGGUCACAACUUUUGCCCAGUCUUACUGAAACUUGGUCAGAAUGUUAUCCUCAAUAAAAUCUUGGAAAAGUUCGAUAUUGGGUCAUCUGGGUUCAAACACUAGGUCACCAGGUCAAAUCAAAGAAAAGCCUGUUAACAAUGUAGACACCACAUUUAUGACUGCAUCUUCAUGAAUCUUGGUCAGAAUGUUAACCAUAAUGAUCUCAAAGUCCAGUUUGAAUCUGGGUCAUGUAGGGUCAAAUACUAGGUCACCAGGUCAAAAUCAAAGGAAAAGCUAGUUAACACUCUAGAGACCACAUUUAUGAUCAUAUCUUAAUGAAACUUGGCCAGAAUGUAAAUCUUGAUGAUCUAUAGGUCAAAUUCGAAUCUGGGUCAAUUUGGGUCAAAAACUAGGUCACCGGGUCAAAUCAAAGGAAACGUUAUUUAACACUUCAGAGGCUACAUUUAUGACAAUAUCUUAAUGAAACUAUCUUGAUGAUCUUUAGGUCAAUAGGUCAGGUGAGCGAUACAGGGCCUUCAUGGCCCUCUUGUUCUUAGCUAUAUCUCGUGGCCACGAGAUGACAUAUUUUGUUUUUCGUUUUUUUUUCUUAGUUAUAACUCGUGGCCACGAGAUAAAUUAAAAUAAAAAAAAAUCAGAUGCCCCUCCAUGCUUCCGUACUCAAAAGAUAUUUUGAAGCGUAAACAAAUAUUUUCACCUUCUGGAUCAAAACUGUGAUAUUUAAAUCGUCAUAAUUAUUUUGAUAAUUGGAAAUUCGAGCCCAAAACUACCUAAUGAUAUCUUUAGUCAAUGUACAACAGACUCGUGAAUACUAUAAUGCCCUUGCUUUAAUUAUACCAUUAUCGCAACCAAUUAACAAACCUACGUAUUAACUGUCUGCAGAUUUUGGGGUCUAACAUCCAGGAUAGGCGCCGGUAUUUUUUAAAUACGGUGUGGCCUUGCUUGUAACAAUUGCAUUGGCAAAUGUUACAUUGUGUUUUUUUUUUGUAACCGUUACAUCUGCCUUACAGUCGUAUAUUAGUACAUUAUGUGACCGGUCAAUAUUAAAAAACUAUUGGCUCGCGGACAUCCUGCAAUAGUUUUGGCUAUUGACCGGCAAUUCAUGCAAUAAGUCUAUAACGCUUCAGUGGUUUUAUAUUUGUCCGCAUAUUAUGAAGAAGUGUUUCAGAAAUCGUACUGAUUUGUGUACAUGUACGAAAAUUACGGCUUCCACAUAAGUACGGUUAUGAUGGACAAUAUGAUUGUUUUAGUAAACGUCCUUAUUGUAUUUGUUUCCCUGUUUCAUGCGUAGACAAAGCAUUGAAUUGUACCAAGUCAAAGUAGUUCUUUAAAUGUUCUCAGAAUCCCACUUGAAAUGAAUAUUAGAUACUUAGAUAUAUUUAGAAUAAAAAUCUUUUUGUAUAGAAAUGUACUCAGAAUGAUUUUUUUAUUGCAUCAAGAAAUUGCUGUUAGUUUAGACUGUUUAACGUCCUUCGCUUGUGAACAUGCCGAGCAUAUUUUUGGAUACAAUGUCAAUUAAAAAACAAUCGCGUUAUAAAAGUCUCUAGCACAUAUUGUAUGGAUUUGUCAGUUUUAUCAGAUGAAAUUAAACAGUAUGAAUAACACGAAUUCAAUUGAUGAGUAUGCAACUUUAAAGAAACUUAACGAUGAAGAAGUGGUGCGACAAAUCCCGCUAAUUGUAUAUUUAGCAAUACUUUGUAUAUCUGGAACCGCUGGAAAUUCUUUGAUAUGCUAUAUAUUUGCAAAAAAGUGCAAGCUUUCUACAUAUUAUAAUCUUGUAACUUUUCUUGCUAUAAUAAAUUUGUUCACAUGCUGCAUUGUCAUUCCAUUAGAAUUGAUUGCGCAAUUCUGGCAAUAUACUUUUGACAAUAUUUGGCUGUGCAAAAUCAACUCGUUUCUGUGCGCAUUUACAGCAUUUACAUCUGGAAGCCUGUUGUUUUGCAUUGCCUUUGACAGGUACCGAAAGGUGUGUACACCAUUGAGAUGGCAAGUAUCAGACAGGACAGCAAGAUAUGCUUGCAUAGCUUCAGCAGCUGUUGGGAUAGCCACCGCUUGGACUACCCCAGUGAUCUAUGGUAUAGAGAAGUGGAGACAUAGUGUUCAUAACGUGACAAUAUCUCGAUGUGAAAUAACAGACAAUUUUAAGGACACGUCAUUUAUGCAUUUUAUCAACAUAAUGCUGACAAUUUUCUUUUCGGUAAGUUUCCUCGGCAUAAGUAGUUUUUAUGGCAGUAUAGCUUGGCGUCUUAAAAAGCAGAUGAACUGGAAAUACGAAAAACAAGCUGGAGUUGAAAUCCGCGGAAAGAAAUUGGAAAUGACUCCUGUAAGCAAUAAACCUUUCGCAGAACAAUCAGAAGAGGCCCAAGGACUGGAGAGUGACACAACUUUAAGCAUUGGUCUUUUGGACUCUAUUUCAGCUAAUAAAGGAAGAGUGGUGGAACCGGCAAUUCUCGAAAUGGAACAAAGUGAGCACCACAAUAACGAAACAGUUGUAGAACAAUCAGAAGAGACCGAAGAACCGAAGAGUGACACAGAUGUAAACACUGAUGCUUUGAACUCUGUUUCAGCUAACAAAGGAAGAGUGGCGGAACUGGAAACUCUCGAAAUAGAAAAAGAUGAACACAACAAUAACAAAAUACCAUCUUCAAAUUUCGAUUUACGCAAAGAAAGGCCACGGAAGAACAGAAUGACGUUAAUAAUGUUUAUGGUUUCACUGGCGUAUAUCGUCUCGUUUGUACCUAUUAUUAUUUUAUUUCUGAUUAAGUCGCUGGACAAAACUUUCUUGACAUCCUUAAAUGAUUCGUACUUUAUUAACAAUGCUAUCAAUCCAGUUAUAUAUGGAAUUUUUGAUACCUGGUUUAGAAAGUCGUGCAAAAAGUUAUGCACGUGUAGGCAUGGCAUAUGAGUUACUUGAAAUACAAUUAUAGGUUAUAAGCCCUGUAUCGGGAAAUAUACACGUGUUCUGCAGUGGAAAUAUUGCGCGACUUUAGGAGCGCGAUAUUCUUCCGCUGAAGAUACAUCAGUGUUUUAAAUCUGAAAUUGAAACUUGGACUUUUAAAAU